AGUGCAUAACUGUAAUAAUCGUUGUCAGCUGCCGCUAGCUCGUGUGAGUGACCCGUAAUCAAUUUCGGGAAUUUAAUAGUUUUCCGUAGCGUGAAAGAUGGGUCUGGGAAGGAACCAAGCCAAUGGAGAGGUACAGGGUGCCGUGCACAAGCCCAGGAGGUUUGUGGGUGAUGUCACCUGGGAUGAGGUGAAGAAGCACGAUGGCAAGACCGUGAAGGAGAAGUGGCUGGUAGUUGAUAACCAGGUCUAUGACAUCACACAGUGGAGCAAGAGGCAUCCGGGAGGGUUUAAAGUCAUCACACACUACGCUGGACAGGACGGAUCCGAAGCAUUUACAGCUUUUCACAAUGAUGAACAAUAUGUGAGGAAGUUCAUGAAGUCUAUCCAUAUUGGACAGAUUGCCAAAGAUCAAAUUGAGCAAAAAGAAGUUGUAAAAGACUUUGCUGAGCUACGAGAAACUGCUGAGAAAAUGGGUCUUUUCAAUGCCAAUUUCCUCUUCUUCUUCCUUCAUAUGAGUCAUAUCAUCGGCUUGGAGAUCUUGUCUUACAUUGUCAUGAGGACAUUUGGAGUAACGUGGUUGACGUUUAUCACAUGUGUAAUUAUGCACGGUACACUUCAGGCACAGGUAGGAUGGUUUCAACAUGAUCUUGGUCACCUGUCAUGCUUCAAGUCAUCAAAGUGGAACCAUGCCUUGCACUUUAUCUUCAUGUCUACAGUCAAGGGUGCAUCAGCUAAAUGGUGGAAUCACAUGCACUAUCAGCAUCAUGCAAAGCCGAAUGUGAUGAACAAAGAUCCAGAUGUUCGUCUUGAAAAGCUCUUUGUUGUUGGAGAGAAGAUGCCUGUGAUGGUCGCUGAGAGUGGCCAGUCGUCGAUGCCAUACAAUCAUCAACACAAGUAUUUCUUCCUGAUUGGACCUCCUUUGCUGUUUCCUGUAUACUUCCAAUUCAUGAUUUAUCGUCACAUGAUAAAGCAGAGAGAAUGGACGGACUUGUUCUGCAACAUCUUAUACUAUGCCAGGUUUCUAUACCUCUAUAUACCUCUCAUGACAUGGUGGCAACUUCUUCUCUUCUAUGAAUCCUUCAGAGUAAUGGAAAGUAUUUGGUUUACCUGGGUAUCUCAAUCUAACCACAUACCCAUGGAGAUCGAUGAAGAUGCAGCACGUCCAUGGCUAGAGCUACAGCUCCGUGCCACCUGUAACCUUGAACAAAGUUUCUUCAAUGACUGGUUCACUGGACAUCUUAAUUUCCAGAUUGAGCAUCAUUUGUUUCCAACGAUGCCAAGACACAACUAUCAUAAAAUUGCACCGCUCGUGAAGACUCUGUGCAAAAAGCAUGGUAUUGAGUACAAGUCCAAGACAUUGCUACAGGGCUUUGCUGAUAUAGUCCGGUCUCUCAAAUCUUCUGGUGAGAUUUGGUAUGACGCCUACUACCAUCUUCAAGAUCAGUAUCCUGAUGAUUAACCCUCCACCUCUCAUCCCCAGCUUACCCUGGAUGGCUCACUCUACUACAUCUGUGUAGGAUGGCAUCGAAUGUGUUAACUUGCAUCAUAAAGAUACCUAAACCUUGUAGGUAGUUGCUGUAAUUGAGUAAAAAUGUGUAUUUUUUUUUAAAUGUUGUACUAAUCACUACGUAUUGCUUUUAUUUAUGUAUAAAUCCCUCUGCACACUAUGAGGCCUCUUCCAAAUUAUCAAGUGAUUUAGGAAGAUAUUUGUUUCUUCAUCAAAUGUUCAAUAAGGAUAGAGGUGUGUGUUUCCUCUUUUAUAUUGUUGUGUCAUUAUAAAUCCCUAUAUCUGAUUAUUGCAAACUUCAUUGCAAGUCAAUGGACAUGAGCUUGGUCUCAGAAAUAUAUUUUUAUUAAGUAUAGUGUCAGAGAUAUUCUGAUGUGAAUCAAGCCAUGAUAGUGUCUAAUAGAGAGUAGUGCUUUUCCUGCUUUUGCAAGGAAAACCAAAUCCAAGUUCUUAGGAAGAGCACAGUGAUUUUAUAUCAUAAUUUGAUAUGUGAUAUGCACAAACUGCAUUAUUAUUACUAUUAUAAUUAUGAUUUAAAGCUGAUUAUUUUCUGUUUAUAUAUCCAAAAAGCAUCCUUGAGUUGGAUUUUCUUCUGACUUAUGGCCUCAAUCGAAUGGAAUAUUAGUCUUAUAGUAAAUCAUGUGAUGAAAUGAUGGGAUUAAAAAAAAGGGAUUUGGCCUUGGACCUGUAACACAAAACUUAGCAACCGAUCAUAGAAUGAAAUUGUACAAUGUAUUUGCAUUGACCACUGUAAUAUCAAUCAUGGAUAUCAAACGUAGAAUCAAUUGUUUAUUUGGCCUCAUCGCCCAGUUCCAUUGUCACUCUGCGUCUAAUUCACUACAUUUUCACCUGCUUAUCUAAAUUCUAUCGUGAAAUAUUGGACUGAUGAUCCCCUUGAAACCCUGGCAGGGUCAUUUGUAGAAAUGAUGUUCCAUGCUACUACUCUCACACACCCUGUAACAUCAAAGAUGCAAUCAAAUUUACAAUUAAUCAUAACUGUAAGUCUAUGACAGAACGUAUUUAGAAACUUGCAACCGAUUGUAAGUGUCAUGUGUAUUUGUUCUGGUUCCAUCAAAACCUGGGGCUUGUAACUCAAAGCUUAGCAAUUAUAGAAGAAACUCUCUACGAUUCAUUGCACUGUCCACACUGUACAAGCAAUAGUGAAAAUCAAACACACGAUCAAUCGUAAACUGUUGUGUUAUCGGACCCAGAUGAGCGAGAUUGGAUUUUAUUUUCAUUUUCUAAUUUUCUAUUGUCUAUUCAAGAUCUAUUGAAUGUAAAAUUUCACAAGAAGUAAACUGCAUGUGUAAUUGGUGAUUGUUGUGUAAAUUGUAUGGUGAUUUUUGUUUAAAAAAAAAGGUAUGGAUUGUGUACAUGCCUAUGGAAUUAAUUUUGUAUAUUUGAUCAUGUUUGUAAAUCAAGCAACUUGAUUUGUGUGUUGUAUGCAUUCUUUUUUCUUCGAAUAGUGAAGUGAUGUCAAACCCAAAUACUAUUUGGAUUUAUUCUUCAAAUGAAGUGCCAUAAUUCACUAAGGCUUUGAGUGCUGUGAAAAUUUUGGCUUGUAAGUUUGUUUACUAAUAGUUUGUCAAAAUUGAGAAAGAUAUGCAAUCCUUUCUUAUAUAUUAAAAUCAACUGACGUACUGGUGGUACUUUCUUGAACUAUGUUUACUGUAUAUAAUAGUAUUUUACAAAUAAAUCACUUGACUGUUGCUGUAUUUGCUAUCUUCCAACUCCAGCUAGCUAGAAUGCAUGUUACGGAAUGUCAAUCAUAUAGUCAUGUUGAAUCCUUCGACAUAAGUGAAAUAGAAACAUAAAAAAGAUACCCGGAGUUGCAUUUGAUCUUACAAACUUCCAAGUCUGUACAUAUUCAAAUUGGGUGAAAUGCAAUCUGUUAUUUUUAUUUCCGUUUGUAAUAGUGACUUUAGUGAAAAAAAAUCUCUCAUAUGUAUUGUUAUUUCUCGUGCAGAGCAAUACAGCUAAAAUCAAAGAAAAAAAAGAUGUGCCACAAAGAUAUACAUGGAGGAUUCCCUCUGCAAUUUCAUCUUGUCCAAGGCAGUGCCAUAGCUCAGUUUUGUACCGAUGGUUUGGUGACCUAGUGCCCUUUGGGAUCAAAGGCAUUUACCAUCCAAACCAGGUCCCUCGGAGAGGACCUGUCCUUUAGUUGCUUACUAACAAGCUUUCAUGUUUUCCUAGAAGUUGGUGAAAAGAUAUUAACCAAUUUAUCCAUCAUAAAUAUAAUCUGAAGAAGUGACUUGUCUAGACCCCUUGGCCAGAGAUAAUUCCAACCAACGUCACAAAAUCUGGCAAAAAUGCCAUGAAUCCUGACUUCUGACAUCACUAGGGGAUAAUAGUACCUGAUCAGUCGUAAACAGUACAAAGACUAUUUGUGACUGCUUGGGUGAAGCUUCAACCGCAUGCUUUAGAUUUUUUUUUAUAUCGCGACAUGAUUAUCAACUAAGACCUUUAUCAGAUUGUUGUGAUAAUUGUGGUAAUUUAAUAUUGCACGAAGACUGGGAUUUCUUAUCCUCCAUUCGAUCGGUAUGAUAGUGUUUCCUAUCUGCUGCAUCUUAUAUUGACAAUGGGUAUCAACCGAAUAUAUGGCCUUUAGAGGUUUGGUGAUGAAACUAUCGCUCCUGUAGUGAUGCAAAUGCGACAAAUCGGGGGCUGCGCUCCUCAGAAAAAUAUCCACAUUGAGGUCAGGUCACUUCAGGGACCAACCACCUCCUCUAGGGUCUGUACAUAUUUGUUCACCACUAAUCUAUUCCAGUACACACAGCACUCCAAUAUCACAUGCUUCAAAUGCAAUCUUUCACAUGAUUACUAUACAUAUACUGCCUGCAAUAUGCAACCUGUAGAUCCUAUGGUGUUUGAGAUUUAUGCUUUGGCAAUUUUUCUUUUCCGAUUAUCUGCAGAUGUAGCUCAUUAUAGUGGUCGAUUGCAAUAGCCUUGUUAUGUUUAGGUCAUGUUGAAUUCAGAUGAUAAAAAGUUGUAAGAACUGUGAUUGAUUACCAUAUGCAGGUUUUUGGAAUUAAAUGAUGUGUAGAUAUUCCAGUUUUAGUUUUUACACUUCGAGAAAAAGUUGCAAUUUUUUUUAAUUAAAAAGAAAAAAAUGAAAACAUUGGGAUGAUAUGGGUGUCAUGGAUAUAUAAGUAUAUUUGUGUAGUGUGGGAUAUGAUUUUAUUUCAUUUUCAUUUCUUUUCAAUUAUUUGUAAUUUAACAUACUUAUUUUUAAAGCCACUUUGUUUUUGGUUGCAUUUGCAAUGUUGUCAGCAAUGAAUGGAAUAUGCACAUCUUACAACCAGGCUUUUUUGUCAAGCUCGUCCACCAAUUCAUUUUUUGUGCAUGGAUGUAUGCUGUCGUGUAUAUAUUGUGUUGAUUUUUUUUUUAUAUAUCCGACAUAAAAAGAGCUAGCAAAAAUUGCAUUCAGGUCUGAUAAAAUGAAAUGAGAAACGAUUGUAUAUUUUUCAAUUUUUUUGAGUAAUUUGAAGCUUGUGUAUUUGUUGUGUUCACAAAUUGGAGCUUGCCAUUCGUUUCCUUGCACCAGUAACUAACACUAAUCCUCUCGGUUUUAUUUUAAAGUAGCUGAUACUCUGCUGUGUCACAACAUAGACUAUUACCAACCAUAUAAUUUACUCCAAAUUACUACAAAAUAUACCCUUGUCUGUAGAGAAUUACAAUUGUAUAACAAAAUAUGAACCAAAUAAGGGGGAUUAUAAUAGCAUAGAAAUUAGUGUAAUGGGGGUGAUUAUUGUAUUUAAAUGAUAAUUGUUGAAUGAAAAUGUAUUUGUGUCUAAAAAAUAUAAUCAGGACCUCCAUUUAAUGGAAAUAUAUUUAUAUCAGUAUUUUAUUCAAUUGAAAACAACGAUCAUGCUAAUAUUCAUGUAAGAUAGAAAUCAUGCUCUAAAUGAUCUAAGUAUUAUAACCAUGCGAUGUUUGAUUUAUAAACUUGGAUAAAUGUUAACUUCAUUGAAUGUGCCACGAAAAUGUGUCAAAGCAAUAUUAUCUAAAUCUCAAUCGGCCUUGCGCAGUUAUCUUAAAAUGUAGCGUUUGGAUAUCCUAAAUCUGAAGACAGAAUAUAUCCUGAAAGUUUCAGCCCAUUCCAUGGCUUGGAAUAGAUUUAGUAUUAAAGAACAGACAUGUGCAGCUAUUUUAUUUUGAUAUGAUAUCAUGAAGAUAAGAAAUACUAGCAGGACACAGUUGUCACAAAGGUUUGAUUUCCAACCUUAUGAUUUUGAAAAAAAGAAACCAAAAUCGGCCGCACAGAUUUCUAGUGUAUUCAUAUGAAGUGCAGAAAGAAAAUACUGUGUUAUUUCCUGAUGUUCUAAGAGAGUAAUGAUAAUUUCAUGUUAAUUUUGAGCCAUGAGCCAUGCUCAGACUCAAACUCUAUAGCAUUGAGCUAGUCUCUAAUUUACAGACUUUAAAUGUUAAUCAUGUAUUAUGUCUUUAAUUUUACUUUGUAUUUGCUUGGCUUUUUUUAGAAAUGAAAACAUUGACCCAUGUUCGUGGGCAUUAAAUUAUGGUGAAGAAUCAUGAGGAUUUAAAUUCUAGAAAGAAAUCGCAACCACUGGUUUCCUGGAAAAAAAGAGAAAAGAUAAAUCUGCUGAUCAGUCUACCAAUUUUCAGCUAAUAAAGUGAAAUGAAAAUUGGUAGGAAUCUAUUACAUAAAAUUGAUGUUUUGUUGUAGAGAUUAAUAAGGUCUGCUUGCCAGAGUCUUAGGCAGAGCGCAGUCUAAUUAGUACAUAGAAUUUACAGGAAAACAAGGUUAAAAUGUAUUAUGUAAUGUUUUUUGACCAAAAUGAUGCUGUACUUAACCAGAUUUAUUUCCAAUACUAUGUUUACUAUUAAAACUGUGAGCUUUGAGUCAAUGAAAAUUUUACUGAAAGGACUAUUCGAAAGACAUUGAAAAUAGGUAUGAAUAGUAAUUCGUAUCAUCAGCUAUUCUCAAAUAUUUUUUGUUGUGAUUGAUAUCUUUGAGUGGGGAUGAUAUGUGUAUAUAAUGUUUGAUGGUUUCGGGCAAUGAGAAUGGGUGAUCUAGAGAGUAGGACCUUUUGAACUGUAAUAUAUAGCGGUAAGAGGAAGAAAACUGAUCAAUUUGAAUAAUAAAUCAAAGCAGAUGAA